AUGGAAAUGAAGGUGUCGCCCGCGCUCGUGCUUUGCGUGUCUGUCACCUUUCACCUCGCGCUGCCUCAGCAUCAACUGCGCGUGCGCCCGUUGCCUAGCGACCACCUGCCGGUACCGGAUCUGCAGGAAGACCCGAACCCGGCGUUCGAACCGGGAGAGAGGGAUUUGCUCCCUCACUUUUUGAGGCGGAAACUCGGCAGCAGUUUUGAUCCCCUUUAUUCCUCUAUUGGCCCACCGACGCGGGGUAACGGGUCCGAGGUCACGCAAGAGGGGAUCGGUGUCAUAGGACAGAUGCCUCGUGAAUUUCACGAGCUGGAUCUCGCGGAGCUCAACGUGGGUCCGAAAACGCAGCGCAGAGUCCGGCGGUGGUUGUGGUCGUACACCCGGUGUUCGGUGCUGUGGGUGUGGAAAGAUCUGGACGUUCGUUUCUGGCCACGAUACCUCAAGGAAGGACGUUGAACGAACGAACGGUCUUGUUCUUUACCGGAAGGCAUGUUUUGCAAACCGACUGAGUCCGUGAGCGUCUCACUGCUCCGAUGGCACUGCCAGGGCUCUCGCGCCCUCAAGAGCUGCGCGUGGAUCCGUGCGCGCUACCCGGUGAUUUCACGAUGCGGGUGCGCGUGCUAAAGUUUCCCAGUUCAGUAGGCUUAACCUUACUAACAGAAAGGCAUAUUUGUUAUUGUGCAUACUUUGACGUGUUUGUUUGAUGAAGAAGGGAAAAUAAAAGUGUGAAUUAA